AUGGCUCGUGUCUCGUUUUUUCUCGCACUGAUCUGUGGUGCUGCAGCGGCACCAUCCAACUUUCGCGGCACAGGGCGCAACGGCACUGCCUCCACCAGCGCAGAGAAAUCUCUGCUUGGAGCCAGCUGGGCACACUCAGGGUGCUGCAGCGGCUGCGGCACCUCCUUUUGCUCACCCCAGAGUGGCACCUGCUACGACCAGAAGGGCAAGAACUACUACCUUGAAUGCAGAAGCGGUGGCAACAACAACGGCAACAGCAACAGCAAUUGCUGCAAUUCAUGCAGUGGGUCUGCUUUCUGCUCACCAAACAGUGGCAACUGCUACAGCUUCAAGGGCAAGGACUACUACCUGGAAUGCUUAGCGCCUUCCCGCACAAGCUACACCUAUGCCGGUCGAAUCGGAUGCAGGCUGGAGUCUUCCUACAGGCUUUCAGCUCUCAUGGUGGGCUCCUCCAGCGAAUGCCGCAGUGCAUGUGACAACACGCCUGGCUGCAUCGUCUACAAUUUCAACGAUGCCAGGAGCCCCUGUGGCACAUUUGGUGAUUGCCAGCUGUUCACCAGCUGCGUUCGGGAAGAGAGCGAGUGCUUUGCGCAGUACGUCGCGGAUGCGAACUGA